AUGUCGUACAUGGAUCUAUUUGAAUCCAAUUCUGAAAGCUCAGUCACCGAUUCUGAUAAAGUAGAAAUUACCCAUUUAUCAAGUCCUUUUAACUUGCAAUGGGCUUUCGGCUUUGAUCCAUUUACCCCAGUAAUAAACUUGAGUACCGCGAGUCGGUCGCUCAUUGCAUACGCAAGUUCGCACGUAACGGUUCUUUACGAUUACAAAGCAAGGAAAAUGUUCAAAUUGCAAGGGCACCGAAACUGCGUUAGAAUGCUGUCAACAGAUCAGACUGGCAAGUGGCUACUCACGGCUGACUUUGAAAACGAUUCGCGGGUAGUUAUUUGGGACAUAUGCAAAAGAAUCCCAAUUUUUACGCUUUUCCGUCCUCACGAUGCCAGUGGAAUGACGGCUGCGUCGCUGAGUCCCGAUGCCAAAUAUAUUGUGACUGUUGGCAGUGAAGAGAUACAAUUGGUUAAAAUUUGGUAUUGGGCUUUUGACAAGAAUCAGCCUGACGCUGAGUCGAGUUUAACUGAAACAAACUGCGGACGAGUUAAGGAUAUUGCAUUUGAUUGGAAAAACCGGAGUUUCUUAGCACUCACAACUGACUCUCGUGUGAUAUACGUCCAAAUUUGACCUACAUUACAGGAUAACGAGAAACAUGUGAUCACAAAUUGCCCAUCGAUUCUAAAGAAACCCAGUGGCCUCGGAAUAUUUAACAAUACGGCAUUUAUUAUGGAGACUUCAAAAGUAUUCACUGGAACUCAAAAUGGGUUCAUGUUAGUGUGGGAUAGAGAUACUACGAACGAUCCUCGACAAGAUACCAAAAUGAGACAUAUAAAAUCGAUUCCUUUGCAGAAAGCAAACAUUAGCCAAGUAAUAAAUUAUUUAGGAAUGAUCGUGGUGGGUAACUCCCGAGGCGAGAUCAUUUUCUACGACAACGACUUGCAGAUUUUAUACGCCUGUCGUGACUGCGGACUCGAUUUUGUCACCUUCAUUUCAUUUGACAUUGAAUUCGAGGAGCGCAGUUGCGAGCGUGAACGUGGAGGCGAGCCGCGUCGUGGCGAUCUUGCGCGCGAAUCGAGCAGCGCGGCGCCACACGAAGACGUCGACGCUUCCAACGUUACCAUCAAAAUCGAGCAUCCGCCGGCGCCGAGGCACGUAGACCGGAACUGCGAUAAAAAGUGCUUGGCGUUCAAGAGAAAAUUCGAAAAAUUUCGAGUGCCGCGAGACGCUACCCUGCAGAGCAACGAGUUUUCCGCGGACAAGUUCGUCGUUGCGACCAAGAGCGGUCAAAUGGCAUGGAUAGACAUACCGAGUAUGAGGUGCCGGUUGAUAUCUAAUUACUUGGAGUCGCCUGUGACUGCCAUAGACGCACACCCGCAAGAUAAAUACUUGGUGGCCGGUGACGAGAACGGAUCGCUAUACUUGUUCGACUACGCGACGCACCGGAUGAAGCUGAAACGGAGACUCCCCACCCUGCCGGAUUUGCUGCCGAUUCUGAAAGCCGAGCUGAUGGCUCGGAGAGUUGUGCACGUGACGCGCUCGGGUGUCCACGGCGACGAGGAGUCACAUCCGCGCGCCGUCAAGUACUCGCCCGACGAGCGAGGCGACUGCCGAGCUGACGGUGUGCGGCAUUCGCGACUCGCAGCUGCCGCGCUGGUCUGCGCCCUGGCCAACGGGACCUUCUGGGUGCUUCAUCCGGACACCCUGGAGCCGCUGGACCCGCUGCCCUACAGACACUCGGAGACGGCGAUCCUGGACCUCGCCUUCUCGGCGUGCUCCGGCUACGUGGCCUACUACGACCGUUCGCUGACGGUGGCCGUGUUCCGGCGACACCAAACCGCCAGCCGCCACUUCUACGACUUCGUCGGUAAAUGUCGCGCUCACACGUCGCCCGUCCGGUGCAUUCUGUUCGGCGCGCCGUUCGGCUCCGACGAGCAGCCUCCGCGCUUCCUGUCGCUCGGCGACGACAGACGGCUGGUCGAGUACGACUUGCCGCGCAGUGGCUCGUAUCCCGAUCCAGGCCUCGUCGUCAUGGAAAUCAGUCGCGUCGAGCAGGACGAAGUGCCGCUGUGCAUGGACUGGUACCCGCGAUUCGGCGCGGACAGCUGUCUCGUGCUUUCCAGCUCCGACCACAAAUUCAAACUGAUCGACGCCCAGAGCAAAGAAACGCGAGCGACGAUUUUAGGCCCGACGUCUGACUCGCCGGUCAAGAAAAUGAUGGUCAGUGGCGAGAACCGCCGGGGGCGUCGCGGCGAAAGCGUUGUGCACAUGGUGUUCGCGAGCGACCGGCACAUUGGUCUGCAGCUGCUGCCUCUGGAUGGGAAUCCGCGCGGCAUUCUCAGCUCGAUCGGCCAUCCCAAGAAGAUCAGCUGGAUGCGCGGCGCCCACUGCGGCAAUCUGUUGUUCACCGCGGCGCGGGACGAUCGAUGCGUGCUCGCGUGGAACAUCAACUACGAGUCCGUGGAGACGACGCGUCGGCUGGGGGGCAGCGGCCUCGUCCCUUUCUACAGCCUCAUCGACGGCGGCAAGGACGGCUGGCUUUUCCAGGAGAUGCAGGACCUCUUCGUCUACGCGCAGAUUCUGGAGCAGGGCGAAAAUUCCAUGGUGGCCAGGCGCAUCGACGACCAAGUCUCGGCCGACCAGUUGCCCAAUCUAAUGAGAGCCGUUGGAUUUUAUCCGUCAGACUAUCAGCUGGACAAUCUGAUGAAAGAAGUUACCCGGCGUUGCGCAAGCAAUGGUCAAUCGAAUAAGCCUAGAGUGACGUUCGAAGAAUUCGUUAAAUUGUACAUCAAUCAUCGACCAACUUUUGGCAUUUCGAUGCAGCAAUUGAAAAAUGCCUUUGUUAAACUUGGAGGCCAGGAGGACCCGAACGACGUAUCGAUCUCAAAACAGCAGUUUUUUCAUAUUUUAUGCAACGAUAGAAAUGGCGAACGAAGUAUGCUGUAUAACUAUGAUUAUUACAAUUAUAUUCUUUUUCAAUGUUACUUUAUUAACUUUAUCAAUGUUGUAUUUAAUGGUUGCACCUGCCGUAUAUCUUACAAAGAAUUUGUCACCGACGUUUUGAGAACCAAGUCAUCUAGAGAGACGAGGACUGAUUGUAAAUGA